CCUAACAAAUAAUCUCCCUUUAAACAGUAGAAGGUAUUAGACGAUGUCAAGAUUACGAACAUCCGUUCUCCUCCUUGCCCUCCUCCUCGCCCUAACCCACGGUCAGAUUAAGGUGGAUCAAGAUGAAUACAACUGCUCACAUGGGGAUUUGAAAUAUCUCUGUCUUAACUACGAUGUAUGCGCCGAAUAUGGACUUAUUACCGAGGACGCCCGACAAAAUAUGUGCGGAGGUCUCCUUGACCCGAACAGUGUGGGGGAUGAAAGUCUUAUACUGUCUGAAAGCACUAAAACCCCACCCAUAGGCGGUGUUACUUCAUCCAGGCCAGAUGUUUUAUCUAAAUCUCGUGAUAAUGAUGGAUUAACCACAUCGAGGGCUGGCAAUGAAAUAACGACUUCACAAGAGGAUGAUGAUUACAGCUAUACCACCGGGCGAUCAUCAGUGACGUUCCCUGAAUCUACUACUGACAACGGAGUUCAGACUGGAAGCACGAGCAGCAGGCACAGUGGCAUUGUCACAACCCCUUUCUUCAAGUAUGUCACCGACAACACUGACUAUCUCAGUGAGAUUCUCACGACCGAUAACAGGAUUCUGACUCAGGAAACCUCUACCAACCCCCACACUCGGGAUGUUCAGACCAUCACAGCGCGACACACCCGAGACACAUACAUCGUGACUGGUACAUCUGAUAACUCUUAUACGGAGAAGGAUGAUUCUUAUACCACUGGAACAAAGGCAGAUAAUUCCUUUACAACUGUGACAAAGCCAGAGGAUGGUACUGAUCCUAGAGUUACUGGCUUGGGAACUGACGAUAUCUUCACGACCGCCACAACGGCUGCUUUCUCUACUGAAGCAGGGACAGACGCGCCAAUUGUUAAUGGGAAACCUCCAAUAAUCUCGGGGCCCCCUGUGAACAUCACAGUGCCACCAGGCGGCACCGCCAGAUUUGACUGCACAGCUAUGGCGGCUACCACACCCCAAAUCACCAUCACCAAGCAGGACCAGACUACCAUUCCUGACCUUGAUAACUUCGUAGACGCCACAGGAAACGGUUUCAGUCAGACCACAAUAAACUCCAUCACGAUCAACAAUGUGGACUACCCGAACGAGGGUUGGUACACGUGUCAAGCAGUCAAUAAGUACGGUUAUGUCAGACAUGAUGCUUACCUCCAUGUUGAGGAUCUUUGUAUUGGGUCCACGUGCACGGGUGAAAAGACUUGCAAAGGAAACUACGAUACAGGCGUAGGAUACACGUGUGAGUGUCCCAAAUACUGUGGGUACGAUGAGCUCUUUAAACAGGACUACGUGUGCUCCAACUACUGUGAAGAGUGGUACAACGAGUGCCAGAUGAAAACAGAUGCAUGUCAGAACGAUAAGUUCGCUAUCUCAAUAAUGAACAGUGGACGUUGUGGAAGGAUAGAGGCUCCUGAGAUCCAGGAAGGUGAAGAGGAGUACGGAGUUAAAGAGCUGAUACCUGGAGAGGAGCUGGUAAUGUCCUGUCAUGCUACUGGGUUCCCUGAACCAGACAUUAAAUGGUACAGAGGGACUACCAUGGUUGGAGAGGGUAACGAUUUUUCACUGACAGUAAACGAGGCAGAUACUGGAGAGUACGUCUGUGAAGCUGUUAACUGUAUGAAUGCCAAAGUCAACAAGAGACUGGCGAUGGUGUUUGUUAACGAGAUAACGACCCCACCAGCCGCCACCACACCUACAGAAUAUACUACCCCCACAGCAGAAAUGGAUUUGGCUAAUAACGAAUUACCUGAUCCUGCUAGGUCGACUUGUGCCGUGUUCGGAGAUCCCCAUUUCCUGACCUAUGACCAGAGACCAUACAGCUACAUGGGAACUUGUGACAACGUGCUGGCUAUGGACUGUGAGAUGGGAAGGUGGUUCGUGUAUGGCAGGAUGAGACCUUGUGGCAAGACUGGAGGCUCCUGUUUGGAGACUGUUACUGCUUAUGUCGACUCUGAGGUACUGGAACUGCAGAGAGGUUGGUUGGUAAACCAAAACGGAGGUAAAAUAGUCCCCAAGAACCACCCUAACAAGAAGAUCACAGUUAAUGGUCGCUACAACAACUUCACGCUUCUUUUCGACGGAGCAGUUUUAGAACUAAGUGCAGUCCUGGAUCGGUCCCCAUCGGCCCUAAACCCGGAUCAAAUGGUUGAGGACAAGUUGGUGAUAAAGUGGGACGGCUAUGUAUCUGUCCAGAUUCAGACCCCUCAGAGGACGAGGACCUGUGGAAUGUGCGGCAACAAUGAUGGAAAUCCCGCCAACGAUAUGAGGAUGAGGAGAAGAGGAAUGACGGACGACCCACUUGAGUUUGGAGAAAGCUGGAAGAUAGACCCCAGGAGGAGAUGCAAGGAAGUCCAACCUUCCAAAACUCCCGAGGAAGUUUGCGGAGACAAAUACGAGGAAACUAAGGCGGAAUGCGAGCGAAUAUUCAACACUGAAAAGUUAAAGAACUGUCAAACCAACCAAGGUCACGACACUGCCCCCUGGAUCGAGAGCUGUAUUUACGACGAGUGCGAGGGACUGAUGCAGAGAGACGAUUUGCCUCCUAAAUGUAUCGUGGCUGGUGCUUACGUGAUGCGCUGCAGCAACGACUUCUGGGACCACGAUGAUCCUAUUCCCACAAGGAAUCCGCAUAUGGAGGGAUGGGAGGAGGAGGCUCAGUGCCCAGAUGCGGCCCAGAGGUUGCAACCGGUCCUUGAUACUGGGUGUCCACAACCUACAUUAGAGGAGGAGCUAGCUGGCGAAUUCAAAUAGACUCAGAUUGAAUAUAAAAAUUGGUACCAUUUUGAACAUUCGACGAGACCAGUGUUUGUAAUAUCGCUUUGAAUUUGAUGAUAAGUAUCUUUGAAGAUGAUGUAUGAAGAGCAAAAUAGCAAUAUAUGAAACAAGUGAUUACCACAUUCCAUGUGCCUUACAACGGGCGAGCGCAUUGCGCAUGCACAAGAAUUUCUUGUGCACAGUGGGCACAUGAUAUGUGGCUAGACAACCAAUCGAAGUUGGAGUGUGUCAACAUUGAUUGUCAGGGAUGGAUUAACUCUUAAAUCUGACACAAUUGAAUCUUUAUUUAUAGAUAGAUUCGGGGGCUGAUUGCUAUUAUUUAUUUCAAGAGUAUUUGUAGUUUUAUAAAGUAUAUUCCCAAUUUUACUUUUAAAAUUUCAA